GUUGAGCAGAUUCCAACAAUGUCAUGGCGAAAAGAACACAUUAUGAACUGGCUUAUGGAGAAAGAAGUGCCCAUCGAGGACAACAUGUUGAAACGAGAUUUACUUGCUGCAGUAGCUGAAGUGAAGCCUCGAUACGACAAGCACAAACUUGAUGUUACAGCACAAGAAAGAGGUCAUGAGAUUCUUCGUUUGCCACCAUAUCAUUGCGAAUUACAUCCCAUUGAAAUGGUAAAGAACAUGCAAGAGUUAAUCAAACUUGGUUAUGAAAAAGUCACGAUUGAAAACUGGCAACAUUAUAUAAAUCACGUAAAGGGCAUUGAAAACAACAUGUGGAUAGCAGAUAAUCUUCAAGACGAUAUUCAAGCUUUUGUAAUUAACGUUACGGAAUCUUCUUCAGAUGAUGAUCCAGAAUACGAGUCCAGUGACAACUGA